AUGAUCCCCCAAUGGAUUCUCUACACUGAAUUUGACACUCCUUUGUAUGCCGAUAUAUUUGUCUCCUCGAGUUCGCGUCGCCGCGUAUCAUCUGUCUCUGUUGUGAUGGAUUCCCCCACGCAGAUAGAUGAUGCGGAUGCGCAGGUAACAGAGCCUCUGCAGGAAUUCCAGGGCUCCUUGACUGCACCGGCGCAACCUGUCGAGCAUUCUCAGACGGAGAACCUCUUUCACGAGGUCGACAAUUCCAAAAUCACGAACAGCCAGAAGUCCCAUAACGACGAUGCUUCUGACACCGCACAAGCGCAAUUAGGGCAGAAGUUAGCCACAGUUGAGAUCCCGGCAAUAUCAAACCCCCACGAAUAUGAAUUUCUGCCUGGGCAUCACGAUGUCCGAUGCAUCAUCAGUGAGACCUCAGUCAAGAAUCAGGGGACCAUGUAUCGAGUCAAAUUGAAGAGUGGCGAGAUACAAACGAUCCCACUCGACCAUUUUCGUAUCCUCAACAACGCCAGACAGGCUUUAGAAUACUUUUAUGCACAUGGAUAUUCUAGCAGUUCUUCACCUAAUGCUUCUAUGUACGCUUCCGAGCCUUCUGAUACCGACCGGUAUUUAUCUUCCUCUUCAGAUCGGCCCCGCAGGACGCAACGUUUGAACAUCAGACGAGGCCAUUUUACGGCAUUUUUUGAGAACGAGAGUGAGGAGACCACGAGUAGUGAUGAGCUCGUUUCAAGUCUGAGCCGAAGGCGCCAGUUAAGACCCAGGGAGAAUAUCAUGUAUGACGAUGAUGCACGGAGAGGUUCACGCUUUUCAACCAGGAAGAGAAAUGUUUUGAGACAUAAUCUGCGUGAGAGGCUUGAAGAUGAUAUCUCCGAACAUGAGAGUGAGGGCCGUCGAAAAGAGAGAUUUUUUGGCGCAAAGGAAACAUUCCAAAGGAUCCCACGAGACGAUUGGUUUAGACUUCAUCAUCGGAAUGCGUGUGAAACAUGCUAUGCACCUGGCGAUGACUAUGCAAAGGGGCCGCUGGUCUUUUGCCAAGGGUGCACCAGUGCCUACCACCAAACUUGCUUGGGCCCCCGCUCAUCAAGGGACCAUCUGGUUACUAAAGUAGCUGAGGGCCAGUUUGUUCUUCAGUGCCGUCGUUGUAUUGGGCUUCUUCAUGCCAAAAAUCAUCUUUUUCCGCACCAGGGCUGCUGCGCUGUAUGCACCAGUCCUGGGGACAUGUCCAAUCCUCUCAGAGAACGCCUAACACCACGUCAAGAACAACAGCUACGUCUAAAGAAUGAAAGCAAAGAUCCUGUUACGCUCGUUGAUAAAUCCCAGAUUAAUAACGUGAAGAAUCUUCUCUUCAGAUGCGCCAAGUGCCAUAGAGGAUUUCAUUUUGAACAUCUUCCUCCAAAGACUGUUGAAUUGCUGGUACCCCGGGAUCUCAUGCGUACGCGGUUUGAAGAAUAUUCACGCAGUUGGCAAUGUCAUGAUUGUUCUUCAGCUUCAGGAGAGAUUGACGCGAUAGCUGCAUGGCGACCUAAAAAUCUCCGUACUCUUCCCCCUGGCUCCACUGCAGAUACCCUUAAAGAAGACGAUAAGGAGUAUCUCAUCAAGUGGAAAGGAAAGUCUUAUUACCGCACCACAUGGAUGCCUGGUUCCUGGGUCUGGGGAACAGCAAAUGGUGCAAUGCGACGGGCUUUCUUCAGGUCGACAAAGAACUGGAGUCCCUUUAUGACUACUGAGGAAGCUAUCCCAGAAGAAUUUCUUCGAGUGGACAUCGUCUUCGAUGUUCGCUUCUCAGAUACUUCCAAGGAGCGAAGUCUCGAGGGAGACCUAGCCCGCGUGAAUAAGGUCCGGGAAGCAUACGUGAAAUAUAAGGGUCUAUCUUACGAAGAUUCAGUUUGGGAGUCACCUCCAGAUCCCAGUGAUGUCGAACGAUGGAACGAUUUCAAGGCUGCAUAUAAUGACUGGGCCCGGCGUGAUUAUAUUCAUCCCCCAAAUGCAGAGAGCCUCAGGAAGCAUCUUGUGGAAGUCCGGAAACAAGACUUCAAAUCAACACUGGUCUUGGACAAACAACCUGAGAACAUGACGGGCGGCAAAAUUAUGGAUUAUCAAAAAGAAGGUUUGAAUUGGCUUUAUUACAUGUGGUUUAAGCAGCAAAAUGCCAUUCUGGCUGAUGAGAUGGGGCUUGGGAAGACUAUCCAAGUUAUUGGUCUAUUUGCAACCUUGAUUCAAUACCAUAGAUGUUGGCCGUUCCUGGUUGUUGCCCCUAACCCAACAUGUCCAAACUGGAGGAGGGAAAUACGAUCUUGGGCCCCGUCUAUUCGAGUCGUCACUUAUUUUGGAUCCCAAAGCGCCAGAAAGCUGGCUAAUGAGUAUGAAAUGUUUGCGGAUGGCAGCAAAGAUCUUGCAUGUCAUGUUGUGGUUGCCUCUUAUGAGACAAUGGUUGAUGAAGCUUCUAGGAAGAUGUUGGCAAGAAUACCCUGGGCGGGACUUGUUGUUGAUGAAGGACAACGUUUGAAAAACGAUAAGAGCUUGCUCUACAUGUCUCUCUCACGGAUGAAGUUCCCUCUCAGACUCCUCCUAACGGGUACCCCUUUACAAAACAACACGCGGGAACUUUUUAAUCUUAUUCAGUUCUGUGAUCCCACGAAAGACGCUGAAACCUUGGAGACUCAAUAUGGAACUCUCACGAAAGAUAAUAUUCAAGAACUUCACGGUAUGAUCCGGCCAUUCUUCCUGAGGCGUACGAAACUGCAGGUUCUCGACUUCCUACCUCCCUUGGUUCGGAUCAUUUUGCCCGUUUCAAUGUCUGUUGUACAAAAGAAACUAUACAAAUCCAUCCUAGCAAAAAAUCCCCAUCUGAUCAAGGCUAUCUUCCAGUCUGGUAAUGUGAAGCGGACUGAACGACAUAACCUCAACAACAUUUUGAUUCAACUUCGAAAAUGCUUGUGCCAUCCAUUUGUCUACAGCAGGGCAAUAGAAGAGAGGACCACUGACGCCGCUACAUCCCAUCGCCAUCUUGUGGAAGCGUCGGGCAAGCUUCAAUUACUAGAAUUGAUGCUGCCGAAGCUGAAAGAGCGUGGUCAUCGAGUUCUCAUUUUCAGUCAGUUCUUAGAAAAUUUGGACAUAGUGGAAGAUUUUCUGGAAGGACUUGGGCUGUUAUAUCGCCGCCUUGACGGAUCUAUGUCAUCAUUGGAGAAACAAAAGGAAAUUGAUGCGUUCAAUACUGAAGACUCGCAUUAUUUCGCCUUUCUUCUUUCCACACGAUCAGGGGGUGUCGGAAUCAACCUUGCGAGCGCAGAUACUGUUAUCAUAAUGGAUCCGGAUUUCAAUCCCCAUCAAGAUAUGCAAGCUCUAUCCCGUGCACAUCGAAUCGGGCAAAAGAAAAGGGUCCUUGUUUUCCAGCUGAUGACUCGUGCCAGCGCUGAAGAGAAAAUCAUUCAGAUUGGCAAAAAGAAGAUGGCCCUUGAUCAUGUCCUCAUUGAGAAAAUUGACGAAGACGAUGUAGUAGAUUUGGAAUCCAUUCUGCGUCAUGGAGCUCAGGCCUUGUUUGAGGAUGAUGAUUCUGAAGACGUCCAUUAUGAUGACCAAUCUGUCGAAAAGCUUCUGGAUCGCAGUCAAAUUGAACAAGAAAAGCCGGCAGACGACAACGGGGAAUCUCAAUUUAGCUUUGCUAGGGUGUGGGCUAAUGACAAUUCUGCUCUGGAGGAUCAACUGGAAGACCCGGACAAGGAGCCUUUGCCACCCAGCUCAACCGUUUGGGAGAAAAUCCUACAGGAGCGUGAACAAGCAGCGGCAGAAGAAGCUAGGCUGAGGAGUGAGACCCUUGGUAGAGGAAAGCGGAAGCGAAAUACAGUUGAUUAUUCCACAACUGGAGCCGACGAAACUUCUUUAAACCCGAAAAGGUCCAAAAAGCGCCGGAGGGAUAGAAGUGAUGAUGAGGAAUUCCAAGCAGGUGAAGAAUCAGAUACGGUUGCAGAAGACGCCAGUAUGGCCUCGGAUCAGUUGGAAGAAAAAGCACCUACGCAGAUAAAGGAUAAUGUGGUGAGUAAGCACAGUGCUGACCAAGGAACAGUGCAGUCAUUCAAACGUGCUCCAUCACCCAGCAAGGUGUCUAUUCCAGCCUUAAAUAGCAACAUCGAACAGCGUCUUCCUGAUGCUCCUUGUAUAGCCUGCAAUGAGCGCCAUCCUGUCGGUUAUUGCCGAUUGAAACUGGCGGGUGUCGAGCAUUGCGGUCUCUGCGGCCUUGCACACUUUGGUUACUCACGUACUUGUCCACAUCUGCAUUCAGAUCGCCAAGUCACCAAGAUGCUUGACGCUUUGAAAAGAAGCAAUGAGUCAAAAGAGAUCGUUGAUGCUGCCAGAAAGUACUUGUAUGGUGUUCGUCAUAAUCUUGCAACCCGGAGGAGAAUGGCGGCGAAGGAGGCUGCAGCUGCGAGGAAUCGACCGCAGCCAGAUGAGCAAGCACAGUCAAUAGCUAGGCAACCGGGUCCUAGUCAGAAUGCAGCACCAGUCCAGACCCAGGAGCAACACAGGCCUGCGCAGCCAUUGCCAGCAACUACCGCAACUGACCCUCCACUUGCAUACUCCACGGUGAAUCCUACGCCCGGCGGUCUGUAUGGUCUUGUCCAGAACAUGCAGCAGCAUCCGGGAACAGCAUCUAUUGCAAUGCCUCAGAGACUAGGUCGACUUUCAAAUCUUAUCAAUAAGUAUGAAUAUGACCCGAAUACAAUAAUAAAGAACCCUCUAGCCUCGUCGCAAGAUGGGCAGCAAUAUCAACAAGCAGUACCAAUGGCCACGGUAGCUACUUCUGGGCAACAAGGAGCGUCUGCCGCCUUCCAUGCCAGCACUAGAGUCCAUGGAUACAGCCACAAUGCACAGCUAAAUCGUCUGGCAAUGCCAUCAGCCACUGCUACUGCUGCUGGACAGCAAACUAGGACAGUCAUUAAUCUGGCCAACGAUCGCCCCACGCAGAUGCAGAGAAAACAGGUUUUGAGACCAUCCCCGCCAGCGCUAGAUUGA